CCCCCUCACUUUGGGUUUGUUCAAUUCUACGAGGCGUGCCGGUCACCGAUUCUCUAUUACUGUUUUUCAUAAUAUCUUCUUUUCCUUCGCUCCCCCACCACGAUUCUUUUGCUCGCCAUCGUCGCCAACGCGCAGCGCCAACCUAUCCGCGAAUAAUAAUAAAAAAAUAAGGCAUACGAUAACGACACAACACCGCCGCCAUGUACACUCAGCUCUUCGCACCACUAUUCCUGCUUUUGUCCGUCUUCCAGUUAGCCGCCGCGAGAAAUGUUGCCGCCCCCGGCAGCAUGGACACUGGGCUGCAAGCCCGCCAAGUCUCCGCCACACCCUCCCAACAAGACCUCUGCCUGGACUACGAGCGCACCGCAAACAUGUCCAUCAUCGGCGCGAAUUCGAGCUACCGCACUGUUGUGAUGCAGAAAGCCAACGUGGGCACGCUGAGCACAAAACAAAUGUUGGAUGCAGCCGUUGCCAAGCUACCUCCUCUCACCAAGGACGUAACUCUCAACGCCGCUUGUGGAAACUGGACCGAGAUUGCGCUGAGGGAGGCUGCCAAGAACUUCACCAUGGGAAUCGUUGCUCAGUUUACUACAGAGGGUCUGCCCACGGGUAUCUAUGCUGGCCCAAUCGUCCUGGUCAUUGUGGGCCUGAUUAGUGCUCUACUAAGCGCUGUGUGGAUUUUUGCAGAGUAAAUAAAGCGGAAGACGAUGGCUAUAGGGGCAGAGAGGUGUUUGUUAGGGGAGUGUGUGCGGAUGAGGUUGGACACGGUGUACGACUAUUAAGCUUUUGCAACUGAAGGAGAGAAGACUAGGACGAGAGAGAUGAGUCAAGAAUACC